GUGUUACUGUCGAAAGAUUCUCUCACGCGUCGCGUCGCCUCUGGCUACCGGUUUGACCGCCUUACUGUGUGUCCGCAUUGAUCUUCACAAGUUGACUUAUAAUUGCAACUGCCUUAGUUCACGGUCCUAUAAAUUCUGCAUUGCGCAAGGGACUUUGAAGCACCCAGAAAUAGAGAGAAGCAAAGGAAAUAUGAGAGGCCUAAAGAUCGAGAGUACAUGGAAAUUGGUGAUGGUUCUGGGUUUAGCCCUGGUGGCUCUGAGCGAGGUCAGGGCGGUUCACGGGGCCCAGCUGAGCCCGACCCAGUGCAAGGAGGAGAGGCGGCUCGCCGUCAACAUGUGCAAGCCGAUAGUGUUCGGGCAGCCCCCGCCGCCGGGGUGCUGCGAGCGCGUGAGGCUGAGCCACUACCAGUGCGUGUGCCCGAUAUUCACCCCGCGCGUGGCCAAUCUCAUCACGGUGAACAAGGCCAUCAAGCUCUUCCAGAGCUGCGGGCGUAGGGUCCCUCACAAUUUCAAAUGCGGAAGUCUGUAUUUCCCGUGAAAGUGUGGUCGGACGAGGCCAAGAUCCCAAGACUCUCUGUCUUCGACUUAUAAAGUAGUGGAGAAUUCCCGUUUUGAGUUCAGGGUUGUGCACUGGAGUACUACAACUCUCUCAGGUCCAGAUGUAUUCACUCAUUAUAAAUAAGGCGUGCUUGUUAAUCUACCUUUUUUCAGGAUUGCUGUUUUCUUAAAUCAAAUGGUGGGAGACUCAAAGCAGUUUU